AGUAUUGUCUUCAUUCAUUCAUUUGCUGGGAUCGCACGGCCUGACUCAUCAGAUCAGAGCCGCAGCCACACAAAGGUUUACUUGCUGAGCUUCAAAGUCCGUUGCUAGUCAUCGUAAGAGUUAUAGCACUCGUUUGGGCGGCCUAUGAAAGCGUAAGGUCAUUAUAUCGUCAUAUUUGUGAAUCUCCUCGACAACUUAUAACAUGGAUUUGGCCAGUCAAGAAAACAGCCAACGUGCUAACAGAUGGGACAAGGGUAUAAAAAUCGGUGAAGGAACUUUCGCCAAUGUUUAUAAAGGCACAGAGAAAGCGACUGGCAGAAAAGUUGCUAUCAAGAAGAUUAAAGUAGGAGAAAUGAAACAUGGACUAGAUAUGACAGCUUUACGAGAAGUGAAAUUUCUUCAAGAGUUAAAACACCCAAAUAUUAUCUCUUUACUAGACGUUUUCUCAGUCAAGCAAAACAUCAAUCUGGUGCUGGAAUUCCUUGAUACAGAUUUGGAAGCGGUUAUCCGGGACAAGGCCCUGAUUUUCCAAAAUGCGGAUAUCAAAAGCUGGAUGGCAAUGUCCUUAAGGGGAUUGGAAUACAUUCAUAGGAAUGGAGUGCUUCACCGGGAUUUGAAGCCGAACAACUUAUUGAUCGCCGCUAACGGUGAACUCAAAAUUGCGGAUUUCGGUCUUGCUAGAGAAUUUGGAGACGCCGGAAACAAAAUGACCUGUCAGGUUAUCACCCGAUGGUACCGUCCUCCAGAGCUCCUCUUUGGUUCUCGGUACUACUCUCCUACAGUCGAUAUAUGGUCGAUGGGAACUAUUUUUGUUGAGCUCAUUCUACGAGUGCCGUUCCUUGCUGGCGAGACCGACAUAGAUCAAUUAAAGAAGACUUUCCAUGCCAUGGGGACACCUACCGAGCAGGAUUGGCCUGGAUAUACAAAACUUCCCGACUACCAUGAAGUUGGAUCAUUCCCUAAAAAUCCUUGGUGGAACAUGAUAUCAUCCAUAGGAAGAGAAGGCCAAGAUCUUGCUCGAGAACUUUUGAGAUUUGAUCCAGCCCAGAGACCUUCUGCGAAGAAAGCACUUUUACAUUCAUUUUUCACUUCCUAUCCACCACCCACACCACCAAUCGCUCUUCCUAAACCUUUGGCUGAAUUGAGACCCCGAGAGCUGGCACCAGAUGAAACUCAAGGGAAACCGUUGUUGACCUCUGGAGCCGGUCAAAGUUUGAAACGUAAAGCCGAAUCGCCUCGCACAAGUCAAAGUGUCCCAAGAAAACUUAUCUUCACAUAGUUUUUAUACUUGUGUGAUGGAGCCCAACAGAUCAAUGUGGGGCCAUAAAUAUGCUUUAAGUUGGUGGGAGACUACGACUUGAAUGUAUCAUUAGAUUGUAAAAGCAUAUAUAAUAAUUAUAUAGGUACUAGAUGUAAAGCCUAGAGUCUGGAAGUGUAAUCCUUACUGCAUCAG